AGUUUUGCUAACAUAUCGCUAGUUAUUAUAAGUGCAGUCGAUUAGUCCUCUAUGCACAUACAAGCGUGGAAACCAGCAAAUGUCCAAAUUACGUUCUAUUACUAUUAAAACUUUGUUUCUUUAAAACGAACAAUAAUUAUUUGCGCCGAACACAUUUUUGUCGCUAAAAAGCUUUACGCGAGUAAUUGAAAUUUAAAUGAAAAUGAAAACGUUGUCGACGUAAAUCGGUGCUAAAUGAGUUGUAGUGCUAGACAAUAUUCAUAGAGUGAUAUGUUAUACAUACAACUAUCAAGUAAUGUCAAUCAAAUAUAUUUGCUUCCUCAAAGAGAAGGCUUUGGUGACGUGAAAAAAAUGAUUCGUAAAAUUUUCACAGGUGUACGUUUGAAAGUACAAGGAGUCACCUCGAUGCAUAAUUUUUUUAAAUAUCUUUACGUAUGUAUGGAUGUGUAUAUAAUGUUCAGUUUUAUUGAAAGCAACUUAGACAGAGGUCAAGGAGAACUCGUAUAGCACAGAAGGAUGAAGGAUCAGCAGACAAGCGCGACGAGUAGCACGACACGAGAUAUAGUCAUCGAAUGCAGCAGUGAGCCGGAUUUGAAAAAGAUGACGGUACAUCAAGACAAAACAAACAAUAAUGAUGCUGGUUACAUGACAUCCUCGAAUGACUCGCUGCAAGCUACCGCUGAAAUAUUAACCAUAGAGGUAGAUAAUCACAAUGAUGAAAAAUGGAAACUUAGCAUACCACCAAAACUCAACAGUCUCAGCGUUGAAGACACAAUACGAAUCAUCAAAGACGUUAGUAGCGAAAUAACAAGAAUCCCCGAUGAACGGCGUCGUGAAUGGCUAGUUGAAAAAUUUACCGAGUACUACAGUUCAGUCAUGCCCAAAUCGUUGAUCGAAUUGUCGGCAUCCGUUUUCUUCGACGGCGACAGUGGUACAAGCAUCGAUGCGAAACCCGACUGGCUUGAUAUCGACAAGUUUCGCCGCGGACAGAAGCUGGCCUCGGACCAGUUGUUCGGAAUGUUUUACGCUAACUUGCUGUCACUGUUCACUAUGUUUUGUUUUGAGGAUGGACUCAGGCCGCUCAUUUUUACGAAUGCCUCCAGUACUCCCUACACUGCUUUCAAAAGAUACUUAUCUACGGGUACGCGAAUUCAAAACUGGUACACGUCGGAUCCGUGGACAGUUGGCACUCCGGCAUACAACGAUAUUCGCGCGGUCCGUCGAAUGCACGCGGUAGUUCGCAAGAACAUUCGAGACACGCCUCUCGACGAGUAUGUCGAGAGAACAACACUCAAAGAUUCCUGGUGUCCAGCGUUAAGUCGCACGCGGCGCGAUAUGGAAUCGACCUGUCCAGCACCAAAACCCGGCCAAUGCCCCUACAUGUUCCACGACCAUGUUCCGCAACUAAAGGAACGUAAGCUCAAUCAGGGCGAAAUGGCUAUCACGCAGUUCGCUUUCGUCGGUAUACAUGUUCUAAAUCCAAAGUUUUUUGGAAUGCACGACGUCACGGAUGAAGAUCUCGAGGCUUACUGUCAUCUGUGGAGAGGACUGGGCUAUCUUCUUGGCAUUGACGACGAAUCCAAUUUCUGUCGGGGCACAUUGGAGGAUGUGCGAACACGAUCGAGGGACUUUUUGGAGUAUUGGGUGAAACCGAAUUUCCGCGUGGUAAACCCCGAAUGGGAGCACAUGAUGAGAUGCAUGGUCGAGGGCCUGCAAUACUACUUUCCGGGAUCGACUUACGAGACUUGUCUACUCGAUUUGGCCGAAAUCAUUAAUUUACACAUGCCGCGAACCUACAACGCACUGUCGUAUUCCAUUUGGAUCAGACACAAUAUCGUGAGAUUCUAUUUCAACCAUGCAAGCAAAUUACCUGGUGUAAGGGCAUUUCUGAAUCGUCGAUUGAUUGCAGCAUUAGAAAAGGCACGGAAUUUCGACGAAGACAAGCAUCAGGAGUUGAAGCAAAGAUCCGCGAAAACGAUUGACUCUUACCUUAAACAGGCGAAAGCUGAGGAAUCAAUUGAAAAUGGGAUAAGUUUGUAACAGUCAUUAUGACUGUAUAUUAUGCUUUACGGUUUAACUGUGUGUAAGGUACUAUCAUGUAAGUGUAUGGCACGAUCGACGUUUUUAGGGGAGUAAAAUAGCUUAGUCGAUUUCUAAGGCUUUCUACAUUUCAUUCCAAACGCCUACCAUUAUACAUUUAGCUAUGAAACAGUUUUACGAGCUUCCUUUCUAAGUCGACAAACAAACGAAGUGCAUUGAACAAUUCGUCGGCGUUUACUCGAGUACCGAUUGUGUUGCAAUAAGCUAUAAAACGGAGUGAAAUAAUUAUCAUUUCGAAAGCAGGUGAUAAGCAUGACAUGUUUGACCGUGCUAUCUCGGUCAAACUCAAACGAUUAUUUUUUUCUCUUGAAAUUUGCGUAAAUAGUUGAUAAUAAAAGUAACAAUAGGUGCCUUUACAAGGCUGUAUUAUAAUUAGAAUGUGCCCUUUUGUACAAAGUGAUUGUACCAUUCAAUCUAGAUAUCUAUAUUGUAUAUUCAAAGGUUGAAUACACAAUAUAGCUAGAUACAAGUAAUUAAUUAUGUAUAUAUAAUACUUUUCGUAG